UGUCUUCCCCUCCCGCAGCGGCCGCUUCGCCUUGUUUUGCGCGCGGAUGGAAGUGAGCUGCAGCGUCGCGGGGAGGAACGGCGGCGGAGGCGGCUCCACCAUCGGCGGCAACAGCAGCGGCGGCGGCGGCGGCGGCCAAACGCCGGCCACGCCGGCCAGCCUUGCGUCCUCCUCUUCUUCCUCCUCCGCCGCCGCCGCCACGGGGCUCCUGAUGGACGGCGAGAGUCCCUGCGUGGAGGACUACGAGUGCCUGCCCACCAACGCCUCCCUCUACACGCACAUGACCGCCGGGGCGGUGGCCGGCAUCCUGGAGCACACGGUCAUGUACCCCGUGGACUCCGUCAAGACUCGGAUGCAGAGUUUGCAACCUGACCCCAAAGCUCAGUACCGGAGCGUCUUUGAGGCCUUGAGGAAGAUCAUCCGCACGGAAGGCCUCUGGAGGCCGCUGCGUGGAAUUAACGUCACCGUCUUUGGCGCCGGCCCAGCCCACGCCUUGUAUUUUGCCUGCUAUGAAAAAAUGAAACGCACUUUAAGUGACAUUAUUCAACCUGGAGGCAACAGCCACCUGGCCAACGGCAUGGCUGGGAGUAUGGCUACCCUUCUUCACGACGGUGUCAUGAAUCCAGCAGAAGUGGUGAAGCAGCGCAUGCAGAUGUACAAUUCUCCACACAAGACAGUCAUGGAGUGCAUCCGGACAGUGCAUCGGACUGAAGGCUUGGGGGCCUUUUACCGUAGCUACACCACCCAGCUCACCAUGAACAUCCCUUUCCAAGCCAUCCAUUUCAUCACCUACGAGUUCAUGCAGGAGCAGAUGAACCCCCAGCGGCAAUACAACCCUCGCUCGCACAUCAUUUCGGGCGCCGUGGCAGGCGCCGUGGCAGCAGCUGCCACCACCCCUUUAGACGUUUGCAAGACCUUGCUCAACACGCAGGAGAACCUGGUGUUGAGCUCUGUGAACAUUAGCGGGCACCUCUCUGGCAUGGCCAAUGCCUUUAGAACAGUCUAUCAACUGGGAGGGGUCACCGGGUAUUUUAAGGGGGUCCAAGCACGUGUGAUCUACCAGAUGCCUUCAACUGCCAUUGCCUGGUCUGUCUAUGAAUUUUUCAAGUACGUCCUCACCAAACGCCAGUUGAAGAAAGGAGCUCAUUGUUGACGGAUCACCCGUAGCAAACUGCAGACCGAAUCUCUGAGAAAGCUGUUGGCCUCUUUCUCUCUCUCUCUCUGUGUGUGUGUGUGUAAACUUCACCAGGUUCUUUAUGGCCAUUUGUAAAGAGAGCUGGUGGAUCCCUGACUGGAUUACACGUGUGCGUGUGUUUGUGUGUGCGUGCACCGAAGGGUGUGGUUUGGAGAGGAAGGGGCUCGCGCUCUUCCCCAUUCUCCUCCUGCUUUUGCUAAAUCAAAAUGUUUAUUCUUUUAGACCCUGUAUUUAUAGUUUUCUAGAGUAUGGAUAAGUGUGAUGAGAUUUGUACAAGUUUGUACUUAUUUUUUCACUGGGAUGCUUGGGGGGGGGGGGGGGCUCACGGGGGGGGGGGUUGCGGGGGGGGAAGACAAAAUGCUUCUGCUUUGGGCAGCUUUUCCAAAAAAGGCAAUGCCUUCAAACCGAACAGAGACAUUACGUGAUGGAUAAAAUAGAUGGAUAAUAUUUAUCCUUUAUUUUUCUAUUAUUAUCUUUUUUAAGGAAAAAAAAAAUCGUGCCAGGGUGACUGCUUUGUGAAUUUUAAAGGGCUUUACUGUUUUUGUUGUUCCAUUGUUAAGAAGAGUGUUUUCCUCCUAAACUAGUACAGCGCCGAGCACAUCUGGUUUGAUAUUAUACUGGCUGUUCAUGUUUUUUUCUUUUCCUUCCAAUGUACUUGAAGGGAUUUCAGGCCGGGCGUGCGUGUCUGUGUGGGGCGGAGAGGAACACACACAAAAUACUUAGAUUAUGGCUCUUAGGAUCAAAGGACAGUCUCUUUGUGUAGGUGGGAUGCUGAAAUACACAAAAAAAGGAGCUUGGUUUUUUCGUGUGGCAAGAGCUACGGAUGUCACCUUGACUUUUGUCACUGUCUCUCUCUCUCUCUCUCACACACACACACACACAAAACCCCCACCCUCCAGAUCUCUUGUUUCAGUCUCUCCCAAGGGGUUUAUGUUACAUUUUCCCUCCUCCUUAAGCAUGUCUGAACUGGGCUGCUUCUGAUAAUACCCAUUCAAAACUCUUUUUCUUUGGUCGCGCUUUAGCAGGUGUUAAACCUCUGAAGGUACUCCAAUGAAUUCCAUUUCAUUUUGGGAUUGCCAUUGUAGUCUUUAAUUUAGUUUUGCUUCUCACCAAAGCUCUUCUCCCCUUCGGCCUCCCUUCUCUCUACCCCCUUCCAGCCAGGCGUACUAUUAUAUGCAAGUAUAUUGCACUUGUGCGUAAAUGAACACUCAACAAUUGUGCUCAGGAAUGGGGGCAUUAGGUUUACAUUUCUGCAAUAAAGCUUGCCUCAGAUUGCUUCUCCAAAGAAAUACUGACAGCCAUUCGCUGGUGUUCUAUUUUGGCACUGAAAACCCUUAGUGAAGGAAGGGCUUCAAGUCGCAACUUAAGAAAAAGAGAAAUGAGGGUGAGACGGUGCAUCUGUGAGCAUCCCUUUUCGGGUACUUGAGCUGUUAAAAUGAAGAUGACUAGAGUCAUUUUAGCACUUGGGACAAAUUUGGGUGCGCCACUGUGAAAACUUAAAAGAGUCCUAAAAGAAUGUUUCCCCACCCUUCUUAUCUAAAGAGUAUUGUGUGGAAACAGAUUGCAACUGGAAAUCAUGUCCUCAGUUUACUCGCCACACCUUGGAUUUUGCUAACUAAGGAAGUGGCCUCCAAAACUUUUAGGCACCUGGAAGAGAUUCUGUGGUGAGAGGUUUUUCCGUGAGGGGACGUGGUUUUGUGUCACAGAUGGGGCUUUGCUUGAUUGCGUGGCCCGGGCGCUGGCAUGCCGCAGCCCAGUACCAGAUCCCUUUUCUAAGGUUUUUUACAAAUAACCUGUCCUUGCACACACCAUGCAUUUAAUGGGAAUGCUGUCCAGCAUUAUCUAUCAUGAGUUGCUCAUCCCCUUUUGUGUAUAAGGCCAGAAACUUAGUCUUAAAGCUUGAAUUGUAAAUGUUGACUUCUUAGAUCAGGAUGCUUUCAGAAAACGUAGUUUCCCAGCCCUGAUGGAAAUGAAACAAAACAAUAACUCGAGAAAUAUUUCCUUGGUGACCUCAGGAAAUACUGCUUUCUUGCAGUAAAUAUUGUAAAGAUUGACAUCAAUAUUUUCCAAUUGGGCUUUUCCCCCCAACUGGGCCAGGAUUGCAGUGGAGAAUUCCCAGCCAGCCUUGAGAGGAAAAAAAGUUUGAAGGGGUAUGCCUUCAUAACCAGCUACAUUUUAUUCAAAAA